GUUAGGCUAAGGUUUUAUACUGUACCGCCAACACACUUGAAAUUUGAAACGAACUUGCACUUAGUAGGGGAUACUUGGAGAAUGAUGUUGGUUCGAGAUAUUCACUUCUUUUCUCAACUAGAAUAUCAAGCAGAACAUUGUAGCUGUACAAGGAAACAAUUACUAUAAUAAAAGUCCCCAAAUGUUGACCCAACGAAAGUCUGGAAUUUCAAUCACUCUCUCACAUUUGGAUCUUUGAAGGCGCACAUUUAGUGUCUAAUCCACUAAACGUAUAGACCGAUAACAAGAGAAAUUUGGAAUCAAAGAGUCUCACUACACCAAUGUCUUUCGAAAGUUGAAACAUUAUAAGUUGGGUUUGGUAUUCAGUGAGUAGUGAAUAAGUUCCGAACAUUACCUUAGGUACUAAUUGUAAGACUUACCUCGAUCCUUCCUGUUUCAGGUAUCCUUCUUUCAAUAUUCUCAUCAAUCUCAAACCAUCAAAGAACAAACACCAAACACCAAGCAAUAAGCAACAAAAAAUAAAACCAAGAUUACAUCACCACUUCAAUCAAAAUGCCAACCGCAACUCAAGAAAAGAUCGCCCUCCUCCAAUCAUCCCCCUACCACACAGAACUCCAACAAAUCGAAAAAGACUACCGAGCCACUCACAAACCCCUCCUCCUCCAAACAAAAAAAUCACUCAUUGCAUAUCGAGCAGCCACUCGAGCGGGAAAUACAGCAGCGUUACAAGAACACCAAGAUAAUAUCGAUGAGAAUAUACACAAAAUGGUUGAUCUCCACAAGGAAAAGAAGAGGGAAUGGGAUAUUGGUAUUCAGAGACUGGGGGAAGAUGUGGGUGGUAUCCUCGGAAGGACUUUAAUGGAUGUGGUGAGGGAGUUGGGUGGAAGGAGGCCGAAUAUAGCUGAGGGGCAUGAUAUGGAUUUGGGGAAGGUGUUGGUUGUGGUUGGGAAGAGGAUGGAUUCUGAGUAACUCGUUGAUCAUGAGUGGGAGGAACUUUUUUUAGGGACGAGGCUGGAUUUUCGGUUGUAUGGACUAACUAAAGUCUAGGAAUUAUAUUGUUUGAUGCGUUGGGUUGUUUCUUACAUUAAUAUUACUUACAUUGGUAAUAAUACAUAUCUUUAGGC